UCAAUCUACCGCCUCUUCAAAAUUUUCAUAUUUAAUCUCAUAUUAGGGUCUCUUGUAGUUACUAUCUUCACUCCCUUUUAACAGUUUGCAAAAAGUAGCAAGAAACAAGUCUGUUGUGGAUUCAUCUUUCCCAUACACUACUUGGCGGGCUGGUGUUGCUUAGGUGAUUUGCAGCUUACGUUAGCUGCUUUGUUGAACAAAGCACUUUCAGGAUCAUCUGACUAUCAAAUAUGGUUGGCAGCCCUUUAGGUUGGGAAUGUAAAACGGAUGGCUCUAUCCGUAGUGAAGUUGUGGAAAAGCAGUUAGAAGGCCCACUUUUGACUCCAGUGUCAUCUGUUGGGAGAUAUCCUGUUUUAUCUAGCAAGAAGGAUGCCCAGAUUCUUAAGAAGAAUUCAUCACAUGCUUUAAACACAAAAGUUUUGAGUGGAAAAGAAUCUGAAAGUAUAUGUAAGUUGAGGAUCCGCGCUGAGACGAGGAAUAAAAGUUCAUUUUCCUCUCACACAAUUAGCUCUUCCAGAAAAAUUAGGACCAAAAAGGAAAAAGUUCAAGUCCAGCAAAUCAAGAGGAUUUCAGCUCCACCUCCGGUUCCUGGCCGCGCUUUGGCAGGAAAGACAAGGCUUCCGACCUUCAUCAGGCAGUCUAAAUCAUCCACAAGUACCGAGGAGCCUUCUAGAAUUAGCGAGACAUACGUAGGAUAUGAAGAGCCCAUCCAUCAUAUUGCUUGGGAAGGUUCGGAUGAAAAUUUUCAUUCAUCGAGAGUCACUUGCCCAAUAUGCGAAAAUGAUCUGUGUGACAUGCCUGAUGAAUAUGCAGAUGCAUAUGCAUACGCGGACGAUGUUGAGCCUUCCGUUCUCCCAAGUGUUGCUAUUUUGUCAUGUGGGCACGCUUUUCACGCCGUAUGCUUGGAGGGCAUUACCCCUGAAGAGAACUCUAGUGAUCCUCCUUGCUUUUUUUGUCUCAGUUUCAUGUCUUGAGCCUCAAUCAAUUUGUUGAGGGCAUUCUUGGAGCAGCUUGAAGUGAUUUUACUAGGUGUACAGAUCUCUUUAUAGUUCAACUUCAACUGCUCC